AUGUUGCCCAGUGGAUCAGACGGCGCUUGGGGCUACGUAGCAGCUGCUCCCGAAUGGACGAUCGCUGGAAAUCGUCAUGUCGUCGAGCUGCAUGGCCGGCGAGCGGAAAGCAAAGCUGAGCUGCUGCAGUCUGAGGCAGUCUGGCGCCCUGCCGAUGAGUUCGACCCCAGCUCCAAGCAGGUUGGCCGAUUUGCCCCCCGCAUCACUACCGGCAUCCGCACACGCCUCGCUCACUGUGACCCACGUUGGUGGAUGAAAAAGAUCUCGACACUUCGCCUAGAUAUCCAGCUGCUUCCAUUUGUGCCACGGCCCAACACCUUAUGCCCUCGUGGCUCGUCACUUGGCCCUCGUCGUGCCUGCCUGCUAGGCUCGAUGGGUACAGCAGCACCGAGCCCGGGAGCCGAAGCGGUGGCGGAGGCGGCAGUCGAUUCGAUCUCGCCCACACCUCCUCCCGACUCUUUCCGUUCGGGACUCGACGAUGGGCUCUAA